UUUUAACGAAUUCCAAAAAGUACUCCUUAUGUGUUCUUCGUUUUAACCCCAAGACAGGCAUUAUCCAGGACAGCUCUGCGUUCAAUAAGGUCCUAAUUUUGGUCUUGUUACGUGGCAACAGAUCAAGCAUGGAUGCUCGUGAUUACGGAAGUUCAAGUGGCUUAAGCACAAAGUAGAUGUACUACUUUAUUCUCAAAGUUUAGGGAACACUGAUGUUUUGAAAAAUCUGUAACGUUGAGUGACUGCCUGUAUUUUUAAGCCUUCGUUAAAUGACACAAUGGCUGGCUGGGCAGGAUUUUCGGAUGACGAGCUGCAAAGGAUGCAACAGAAAGCCCCCGCAGAUCAAGUUGUGCAUGGCGUCUCCGGCCGUGGCCGAAGAUCCGCGCCCACCAACCGGAGCCGUCAACAGCUGCAGAUGGAGAGAGCCCUCAAGACGGCUACUCGGAAGGAUGUGUCUGCCUCUCUUCCAUCGGAGCAGCGUCUGGCGAAACCCGAAGAACUCGUAUCUAAUGCGGUUCCUCCAGCACCGCCUAUGCCGGAGGCGAAUGAGGCUGCUCAGGAAACCACACAGGAUGAUCGGGAAACUUUGAUCUUGAAAACGGAGCUGGAGCCAGACACAGACUCGGCCCCGAUGCCCAAGGAACUGGAAAAGCAGGAAGUGGAAUUGCGAGAGAAGACUCGAUUGGAACUCCUUCAUCAAGAGCAGCAAAUGAUGGAAGAGAAGAAUAAACGCAAAAAAGCUAUUUUGUCAAAGACAAUAGCUGAAAAGUCCAGACAAACGCAGGCAGAGGCUGUGAAACUUAAGAGGAUCCAAAGGGAACUACAGGCCCUGGAUGACAUGGUGUCCAAUGACAUUGGGAUACUGCGAGGACGGAUAGAACAGGCUAGUUGGGACUAUUCUUCUGCUUGGACCCGGUACAACAGAGCAGAGGCCACGUUUGUGAAGGCUAAGCUGGACCUGCACAGGAAGGCUGAGCUGAAGGAGCAGCUGGCCGAGCACCUGUGUGCCAUCAUCCAGCAGAACGAGCAGCGCAAGGCCCAGAAGCUGGAGGAGCUGAUGAAGCAGCUGGAGCUGCAGCCUGACGAGGAGAACAUGGAGCUGGAGAUCCAGGUGGAGCUCAUGCUGAAGGAGCAGGAGGAGGCAGAGAAGAAGGAACCGGUCCGCCAGGCCUGUGAGGAUGGGUCUGAAGCCAUCGGAGGCAGCCACCAUGGUAAUGCGGGGAAAAUGGAAGAGAAUCCAACUGUUGCAACCGAACCGAAAAAGAGAGACUUGCACCCUGAACCAACAGCUAUUCCUGUGCCCACUGAACCUGUGGGCAGUGCAGCAGCAAUCUCUACUGCGUGAGACUCCCAACCAGCUCUCCCCCUAUUUUGCUGCUGAAAAGCUUUGGGAUAUACACAUAAAUCUGUAGAGUAACUAUUUGCCAAAAUUGUGCCAAAAUCGUUAUUUUUUGGUAGUUUGGGAAUGCAUAAAAAUUCCACUGUCCACUUCAAUAGUCAGGAAGAGUGGUUUAAUCAAAUAUGGAAUGUAAAUUGCAUGGUUUGCUUUCAUUGAUGUUACACUAUUACCACCCUGUUUCUCUAUGGGUGUCAGGCCACAGUUGCCACAUUUAACUGCCCAUUAAGCCCAUCCAGCCCAUCCAGGUCACAACAGGGGAUCAUGGGAUCUGAAGAGUCUGAUGCUUAACAUUAGGACCACACAUGCUUUCUUUUACAGCAUUGCUAACAGAAAAUAUCUAUUUGAUGUGGUAUCAAUUAAUGCAUUUUGUUUCACUCAUACUUGCCAUGAUUUUUUUAUGCAUACCCUAAGUCGUGCAGAAAUCUGUGAUAAUCAUAAGAAUACAUUAACUUAUCCUGGCACUUGUACGCUUAGCCUACAGUAUAUACAAUACACACUACACAUUAUAUGGUACUGUAAACUGGAUAUGAUCUGAAAGAGUAUAUUUUAAUAUUUUAUAUUCAUGCCAAAUCAUGAGACACAAAAGUAUUUGGAUGGAAUUGAGACAUUAAUGGAAGGGGUCCAAAUAUCUUUUGAUAUUGUGAGUACUAUGUACUUGAAGUCAACAGAAUGUGUUUUUAUAGAUGUCUUACAUAUUAUAAAAUAUCCAAACAAAAAACCUAUACUGGAGUGAUAAACUUGUAUCCAUUUUUGUUUUAAGUCCUCACCAGUGUGCAUUUCUAUAUGAAUGUUUGUGAUUAGGGCAAAAAGGGAAAGCAUUUUACAAUGCAUUUUUGAAUGCUGGCCUUUCAUUGUUCCAGCCGGUCUUCAGCUGGAAGCUUCAUUGAACAUUCUCUGGCAAACAUUUCAUUUACAAGAGAAAACUCCGGGAUGCUGGCCUUAGGCCUUAUACCAUCUAAUCUGUGUUCUUUUGCCCAUUUUUACAUUUUCUUCUUAUUAGCCAGUUUCAGAAGUGCCUUUUUGUUUGAAACUCCAUCCUGUAGUCGUCUCUUCACUGUUGCAGAUGAAACUGGUGUUUGGGGGGUAGUGUUCAAUGAAACUGCCAGCUGAGGACCUGUGAUUCAUCUGUUUCUCAGACUAGGCUCUGAUGUACUGGUCUUCUUGUGCAGUUGUGCAUCUGGGCCUUCCACUUUUCUUUCUGACCUAUCUAGAUCAAAAUUGUUCUCUUCUUUCAGGACAGUAGUGGUUUAGGCUGCAUUUAUAUAAUGGGAGUGAUUUCUCUAGUACCAAAUUAGCACAGUAGAUUACAGGAUCAGUAGGAUGAUGUAAUGUGGUAUGUUGUUAGUACACUGGUGUAAUGACUGCUGAAUGUGGGGCUUUGUAAUCAUAUGUCAAGAUUGAAUUAAAAGAACACUAUUUUAAAUGGUAA